AUGCAAUUUUCUGCAAGGCUUUACAUAUGUCUGUCGUCCAAACACGAUGAAAGUUCCGCGUAUUAUCAAGUUGAAUGUGGUGAAGGAUUGACCAGCCUUAUGAUGGAUUCUCAAUUAACACACUUGUCUAUUCUUGUCCACAACAAUUGUAGCCAUUUUGCCAUAAGAACUUUAACAUCUGAACUAAAAAGAAAAGGUUUUACUUAUUACUGCACAGAAAUUUACAAAGACCAGAUAUCGCAAGACUUUUCUCAAGUUGUUGAGAAUGUUGAAAUGAUGCUUCUUCUGUUGUCUCCAUUCGAUGCCAACAUUUUGCUGGAAAAAAUGAAUUUACAGAAAAUAAGCACACCUAUAUUUGUGACGACAGGAAUACCUAUCCAAAUAUUUACAAAGAUGAAAUCAACUUACAAACAACUAAGAUUAAUCAAUCUUGAAAAUAAGAGACACGAUAGGCUAUUACUAAAUAGAACAGAGGUGACAAGAUUUGCAGAAGCAUACGAUUUAACAGAAACCAGUGAAGCCAUACUGUUACUGCGAAGGUACUCCAAAAAAAUUAAAGAUACGUGCGUUGGAACAACCAACUUAGAUAUCAAUUUGUUAAAAAAUAGUUGGAGAGUUGUGAGUGUUAUUUACAAACCAUUUUGCACACUGCUUUCCAUCAAACCAGUAAAUCAUGCGUGUUUGGUGGGUGUACCGUGCAAUGUACCUCGUGUUGGUAAGAAUAAAACUUCAUGGGAAUAUUCGUGUUGUUCUGGAAUGGCAGUUGACUUAUUUAAUCUAAUUGCGCAAGAUUUGAAUAUCAGAUUUGAAAUGUAUAUCGCAAUAGAUGGAGAAUUUGGAGGGUUUAACAAUGGAACAUGGAAUGGAAUCAUAAAUGAUGUUUAUUCUGGUAAAGCUGAUGUAGGAAUACAAGGUCUUACACCAACCUAUGAGAGAAGCAAAGUGGUUGAUUUUUCCGUCGGUAUUUUGAGCUCUAAAUAUGUUGUGAUUCGCAGAAAAGAAUUGAAAAAGAACCUGGGGUUCUUCAAUUGGACAUUUUUAGAGCCGCUAGACACUUUAUUAUUGAUUGCAAUUUUUCUAUCAGCAGUGAUAAUUCAAUUUGUACUGUUCAUUUUUGAAAAUGUUACAACCUGGGUUUACUUAAGUGGACAAAGGUUUGCUUUCCAAGAAGCGUUUGCAUAUACUGCUGGUCUUGUUUUUCAAAGAGAUAUAGGAGGUGAGAAUCCAACCAGCAAUUAUGGUAGAGUCUGUGCCAUAUGUUUUGCUGUCACGAUGACAGUAGUGAUGUCAACAUACACUGCAAAGCUGACUGCAAAUGGUAUAAACAACUCUGGGGUAGACGACUUUAAAGGAUUUACUGAUCCGAAGAUAACAAAUCCAUCCCCAGCGUUCUCCUUUGGAACAAUGGCCAAUACUAGUAUGGAGAUGUUUUUCAAACAUCACCCCUCUAACUACUUCCAAGAUGUUUACAAUUUCAUGAAAACUUAUUCUGUUGCCGAUGAUGAAGAAGGGGUCUCAGCUGUAGUAUCUGGGUAA